AUGGCUGAGGAGACGCAGAGAGCAGAGGACAGCUUUGGGUUAUCUUUGGUGGUGGAAAACACAGAACGUUGUGACAUGCCACUGUUUGAGAAUGCCACAGCCAUCAUCACUGGAAAAGCAUUUAAUCCCAAUGACACGCUGGACUACCAGUGCGUGGAUGGGUACGAAACCAGAGAUGGACGCACCUCAGGCAGCAUGGUGUGUGGCGAGGACGGCUGGUCCCGCUUGCCAAGCUGCUUCAAAUCUGCAGAAAAGUGUGGGCCUCCUCCAGCUGUUAACAAUGGAGACAUCACCUCCUUCCCACUGGCUGCCUACCCUCCGGGGUCAAGAGUUGAAUACCAAUGCCAGGCCUACUAGGAACUUCAGGGUCCAAAAUACAUAACCUGCAGUGAUGCUAAGUGGUCCGAACCCCCGAGAUGUCUACAUCCCUGUGUCAUAUCUGAAGAAAUCCUGAAUGAAAAUAACAUACGGUUGAAAGGGAAAGAGGACAAGACACACUACGCAAAAACAGGGGAUAUCAUUGAGUUUACGUGUAAACCGGGACAUAGUGCAACGACAUCCGGGCAGUCACUUGAAGCCGUGUGUCGGGAAGGGACAGUGCAGUUGCCCAGAUGUGAAUGAAGGAGCUUCCACCUGCUGCCCGUACUUGCUCAUCACUUCUUAAAAAUAUCCAGACAUUUCCUGCUCUUUUCUAUCUUAUUGUAGGGAAAUCAGUACAAUACAGUAGUUUGAACUUUGAAACUGAUCUUCUCCCAAACGUGGUAAAAUAAACUAUGUCAUCAUUUA